UGCUACUGGUGUCACUUGGCAACCUUGUAUCAGUACGGCACAAACAUGGCGCUUAACCUCACCGUUAAGGUGCAUCCCGUAGUGUUAUUUCAAAUUGUAGAUGCCUACGAGCGACGAAAUGCGGACUCGCAUCGUGUUAUCGGCACUCUUUUAGGAACCCAAGAUAAGGGUAUUGUUGAAGUGACAAACUGCUUCUGUGUUCCACACAAGGAAUAUGAUGACAAUGUGGAAGCUGAAUUGAGCUACGCCAGCGACGUUUACGACCUAAAUCGUCGCGUUAAUUCCAAUGAGAAUAUCGUCGGCUGGUGGGCGACCGGCAAUGAAGUCACCAACCACAGCAGUGUCAUUCACGAAUACUACUCACGCGAAUGCACAAACCCAAUUCAUGUCACCCUCGACACCGGUCUGCAAGGAGCACGAAUGGGGCUGAAAGCCUAUGUGUGCGUCAACCUUGGCGUGCCCAGCGGCAAGCAAGGCUGCAUGUUUACACCGAUCAAUGUGGAGGUGACCAGUUAUGAUCCGGAAGUAUUCGGAUUGCAGCUGUGCCAGAAAACACUGGGUGCACCCGGUGGUCGGCCACGCAAUGUCCACCCAAUGUUAGAUCUGGCCCAGAUUUCUGAAGCCGGCACCAAGAUGGGCGCCUUGCUUGACCAAGUAUUACAAUACGUCGAAGACGUGUUAGCUAACCGCGUGCAGCCGGACAACGCUGUCGGCCGCUCACUCUUGGAUCUUGUCAAUUCCGUUCCGCACAUGAGCUCUGAACAAUUCUUUGAAAUGUUCAACAGCAACGUCAAAGAUUUGCUUAUGGUUAUUACUCUGUCGCAAUUAUUGAAGACGCAGUUGCAGUUGAACGAGAAGCUGACCCUGUUGACAUCAGUGUAGGAAGAUUUAUUAUAAAAACCUCUAUAUACGCAAGUGGAGAGCGCGUGUAUUCCAAUUUUGUCUUUUCUCUAAUAAAGUAUACUUUUAUUAAGGGAUAAAACAAAUUGUAUGAAUUCUUCAACUUAGAAAUACAUAUGCCUAUGUUUCACCGUUUAAA